UCUCCUCAUCUAUAUAAGCAUUGGUGAGCAUUGUACAUAUCCUUCAAGACAACUUGUGAAAAUGUUCAGUUUCACUCGCCAUAAGACGAUAUCGAAUGCCAUAUCUACAGUGGAGCUUGGAGUUCAUAUGGACUGUGAAGGAUGUGAGAAGAGAAUAAGAAAAGCAUUAGCCAAAUUAGAAGGUGUUGAUAGUGUAGACAUAGACAUGGAUAAACAGAAGGUGACUGUGACCGGAUAUGUGGAUCAAAAUAAGGUUCUAAAGGCAGUGAGAAGAACAGGGAGAAAGGCAGAGUUUUGGCCAUACCCGUAUGACUCUCAAUACUAUCCAUAUGCUAUACAGUAUCUUGAAGAUGAUACAUAUGCAACUACACAUAACUAUUAUAGACAUGGAUAUAACUCAACUGUGCAUGGUUAUUUUCCUGACCCUGCUUAUACGAUGAUAGUCGAUGAUGACGCUGCAGCAAUCUUCAAUGAUGAUAAUGUUCAUGCAUGCAUGAUCAUGUGAAGAAAUUAUAUCAAUUGGAGUAAAAA